AUGAGCAGCAUCAACAAACGUCGUCGUCUCAACCCCUCACCAUCCUCCACCUUAACCAAGCCAUUCAAGUCCCCGCUGCGCAGACCUGCUCCUGCCACAGAAAACCCCCAUGCGGCGGUGGCCGGUAGUCCGACACUGAACACUAUGCAGGUACCGCUGCAGGAACCGAUUCAGGUACGGACAGCACCCACCGGCUACAGCAGCAAGCCAUCCAUCCAUAGCUACCACUACAAUAACCGCAACGCCAACCCCAACUCCACGCCCCCAAAACCAGGCACGUACAGUCUGUCCCCUGCCUGUCCGCAAACCCCGGGCGCCGUCCGUGACCAGGAACUAACCCAUCCACCUCCCCAGCAACAACAACAAUCCAACCCAAGCACCAGCACCAGCACCAGCACCAGCACAACCCCCACUCCCACCAACCCUUCCUCUCAACCACGCCCACGCCCACGUCCACGUCCACGUCCCCGCUCACACCCACUUACCCGCACCACACCCCGCACCCCCCCCAAACCCACCCCCCUCUCCGCCCCCUCCGCCCCUUCCUCCCCGACAACAACCGAGCUCUCCGCCCUAACCACCCAAAAAGCCACCCUCUUCGCGCACCUCCACGCCCUGACCGCCGAGCACGACACCCUCCAACAAGCCCGCCGCAUCGAGGCCCAACACAAGACCGUCGAGCUGGAGCGGCUGAUCCACAAGUGGCAGGGGGUCAGCCAGCGCGCCGCGGAGGAGGUGUUUCUUGGGGCGAGGGAGCGGGUAAGUCGGAUGGGGGGGUUGCAGGUUCUGAGGUCGGGGAAUGGAUCCGGGGCGGGCGCGGGGACGGGGUCGUGGGGGUGGGAUUGUGAGGAGCAGGUUCCUUCGGUUUCAUCUUCGACUGGGUCGCAGGGGCGCGAUCAUGGGGAUGGGAAGGGGGGUCAGGGGCUGGAUUCUGGUGGCGAUGACGAUGAUGAUGAUGAAGAGCAGGAGCUUACGAUGGGGGUGAUGUUGAGGAUGAUGAAGAUUGAUUUCGGGGUUAUUGGGUUUGAUGUUGAGAGGGAGGGGUGGGCUACUUAG